UGCCCCAUUGCAGAUCCCCCUCCUGCACCGCGCCGCCGCCGCGGCCAAGCGCCCGCUGUCCAUCUAUGGCAGCCCGUGGACGGCGCCGGCCUGGAUGAAGAGCAACGGGGACAUCCGUGGGAAGGGGACGCUGAAGGGGCGGGCGGGGGGCAAAUACCACCGGGCCUGGGCCGAAUACUUCGUCAGGUUCCUGGACGAAUACGCCAAACACAACGUCACCUUCUGGGCGCUGACGGCGCAGAACGAGCCCGUCGCAGCUCUGUUUGCUUCCCCUCUGUUCCCCACCGUCGCCUUCACGGCGGAGCAGCAGAGGGAUUUUGUGGCUCUGGAUCUCGGCCCGGCGCUGCAGCGCAGCUCGCACGGCGCACGGCUGCUCGUCAUGGACGAUCAGCGCAGCCAACUGCCGGGCUGGGCGACGGCGGUGCGUCCUCGUGUGCCGG